CGUCCCCCCUCCCCCCCUCCGGCGCCGCCCCAUGCGCGCCCCGCCAUGACGAUCCUCCCGAAGAAGAAGCCGGUACCGGCGCCCGACGGCGACGGCGACUCGGGCCCGGACGCCGGCCCCGAGCGCGGCGCGGACGCCGGCCCCGAGCGCGGCCCCGGUGGCGUGGGCGAACCCGUCGGUCCCGGCGGCGUCGGGGGACCGCGGCCCAGGGCUUCGCCGCCGCCGCCGUUAAGGGGCUGGGCCGGGCUGCCGGCCGCUGGUUCGCCCCCCCCCGCCGGCCCCGGCGGUCCCGUCGGCGGCGGCCCCGGCGCGGGGGACGGCCCCGGGUCGCUGCUGGGGCUGGAGGCGGCGGCGUUGGGCCUGCCCGAGCCCCGCGGGCCCGGCGGAGGCGGCGGCGGAGGCGGCCCCGGACACAGCAAACGACGGCGGCGUGGCGGGGCCGGGCCCAGCGGCGGCCCCGGUGGCGGAGGCCCCGGCUGCGGCGGCCCCGGCGGGAUGGGGCUGGGACUGGGGAUGGGCCCCGGCGGCAGCCCCGGCCCCGACGAGGCGGGAGGCGGCUACAACAGCGAGGACGAGUACGAGGCCGGGCGGGUGGAGAUGGACCCGGCCACGGCCGAGCAGCAGGAGCACCGGUUCGAGAAGGCGCUGCGGGAGAAGAAAGGCUUCAUCAUCAAGCGCAUGAAAGAGGACGGUGCUUGUCUCUUCCGGGCCGUGGCCGACCAGGUGUACGGAGACCAGGACAUGCACGAGGGCAAACACUGCAUGGAUUAUCUGAUGAAGAACGCCGACUACUUUUCCAACUACGUGACGGAGGAUUUCACCACCUACAUCAACCGCAAACGCAAAAGCACGUGCCACGGCAACCACAUCGAGAUGCAAGCCAUGGCCGAGAUGUACAACCGUCCCGUCGAAGUCUACCAGUACGGCACGGUGCAGCCCAUCAACACCUUCCACGGGAUCCAGCACAACGAGGACGAGCCCAUCCGCGUCAGCUACCACCGCAACAUCCACUACAACUCUGUCGUCAACCCCAACAAGGCCACCAUCGGCGUGGGGCUGGGGCUGCCCUCCUUCAAACCAGGGCUGGCAGAGCAGUCCCUGAUGAAGAGCGCCAUCAAGACCUCGGAGGAAUCCUGGAUCGAGCAGCAGAUGCUGGAGGACAAAAAGCGGGCGACCGACUGGGAGGCCACCAACGAGGCCAUCGAGGAGCAGGUGGCCCGCGAGUCCUACCUCCAGUGGCUACGUGACCAGGAGAAGCAGGCCCGGCAGCCCCGCAAGGCCAGCGCCACGUGCAGUUCGGCCACGGCGGCGGCGGCCAGCGGCCUGGAGGAGUGGAGCGGGCGCUCGCCCCGGCCCCGCAGCGCCGCCCCCUCGCCCGAGCACCCCGGCCUGCACCCCGAGGCGCCCGGCCCCAAGCCCCCCUCGCCCGGUGCCCCCCCGGCUGGCAAGCCCCCCUCGCCCUGUGCCCCAGGGACCAGCAGCCAGCUGGGGGCAGGUGGGGGCCGGGCAACCCCCCCACUGGUGUCCCUGUACCCCGCGCUGGAGUGCCGUGCCAUCAUGCAGCAGAUGUCCCCCACUGCCUUCGGCCUCAACGACUGGGAGGACGACGAGAUCCUGGCGUCGGUGCUGGCCGUCUCGCAGCAGGAGUACCUGGAGACCAUGAAGACCUCCCGCCACAGAGACCCCGCUGCUGACAAGAGUUGAUAUUGAACCCCCGGACUGCGCCCCGGCCCCCCCCCCUGCCGCCCCCCCCCCCCGGCCCCCCCAGGGACCUCUAGGUGCAUGGCGGCCCAGGCUGGGGGGGGGGGGGGGGGGGGGGCGUUUUAUUUUGGGGAAACCCCCCCCUCCCGGCUUUACUAGGACGUCUCCUGGCCGGGGAGAGAAGGGGGACACAGCGCUGGACGCCGCGAGACAAACCUCGGCUAUUUGGGGGGGGGGGGGUAAGAGAAGCC